AAUUUUGAAUUGAUAAUGAUUUCAUGUUAACAAAUUGUAAUUUUGAUCUUGUUAUUUAAUAAUUUUGUGGUUUAUAUUAUUAUAUUUUAAAAAUAUAAAAUACUCUAACCGCACCGCCGCACCUAAAUUUUUUGGAAUGUGCCGCACCGGCACUGCACCCGCACCCCGCACUCAGGUGACAUAGCUCCCCUCUCUCUCUCUGGCGUCGUACGGCAAACUGUCUCCCUCUCGAGCAGGCAGGUUACACUCUCCCGCCCUCUUUUAACUCGCCUGCUGCAGUCUUCUGCAGUUCGCCAUCCCCCCUCGCAGGUAACCCUAACCUCUCUCUCUGUCUCUCACUCUCACUCUCUCUCUCCCCUUGUCUGUUGCGGCAGAAGAAGGGCGUAACCUAUUAUCGUAGUGAUCAGACAUGGUUAGCCUCGAUGCAACGUCUCAACUUUAGGCUAUUCUGGCGCUAGGUUUUUCCUUUUUUUUCCUCUCUCCCUCGUGUCUCCCCUCUCUCUCAGGCGUCGUACGGCAAACUCCAAGUUCUCUCUCCCUCUCGAGCACGCAGGUUUCCUCUCUCCCUCGCGUCUCCCCUCUCUCUCAGGCGUCGUACGGCAAACUCCAAGUUCUCUCUCCCUCUCGAGCACGCAGGUUGCACUCUCCCGCCCUCUUUUAACUCGCCUGAAGCAGUCUUCUGCAGUUCGCCAUCCCCCUCGCAGUUUAUCACACGGAGCAUUUGAUUGUGCAUAAAGCGGAAAAAUGGCUGUGCAUGAUGAAGAUGAUUUGGACUUCAAGAAAUAUCUGCGUGGAGAUAAUACCAAGUUACAGGCAAUUAAAGAUAAAAAGCUUAGAGGUCAAUUGUCUGCUAGAGAAGAGCUAUAUGGAAAAUCUGCAACAGUUGCUGCUAAAGUUGACAAGUGGUUGAUGCCAAGUGAAGGUGGCUAUUUGGAGGCUGAAGGUUUGGAGAAAACUUGGAAUAUUAAACAGGAUGCUAUAGUUCGUGAAGUUGAUCUUUUGAGCUCUAGGAAGGCAUUUGAUAUAGUCCUACCAGACUUUGGACCGUACACACUGGAUUAUUCCUUGAAUGGUCGCCACAUGGUGUUUGCAGGACGGAAAGGACACUUAGCAAUAAUUGAGACAAGAACCAUGCACCUGAAGAAAGAAUUUCAGGUUCGUGAGACAGUUCGUGAUGUGGCAUUUUCACCUGUUAUGAAUACUUUUGCAACAGCUCAAAAGAAGUAUGCUUAUAUAUAUGACAUGAAGGGAACAGAAUUUCACUGUCUUAAGGAGCGUGUGUCACCACUGAAGGUUCAAUUCUUGACAAAUCACCUGAUCCUUGCAUCAAUAAACAAAUUUGGACAGAUCCAUUUUCAAGAUAUUAGUACUGGUGAAAUGGUGGGCCAUCAUAGGACAGGCCUUGGACAUUGUGACGUGAUGAAGGUAAAUCCCUUCAAUUCUGUCAUAGGCUUGGGUCACACAUGCGGGAAAGUCACAAUGUGGAACCCCAACAAUGGCACUCCUCUGGUGAAAAUGUUGUGUCAUCAUGGUCCUGUUUCAUCAAUAGCCUUCCACAGAGGAGGACAUCUCAUGGCAACAGCAGGUGUGGAUAGGAAAAUUAAAUUGUGGGACCUUAGAAAGUUUGAAGUUUUACGUACAUAUUCAGGGCAUGCAAAAACAAUGGACUUCAGUCAGAAAGGUCUCCUAGCCCUAGCAGGCGGGUCCUUGGUGCAAGUAUGGAGAGAUGAAGCAGGCAAUCAAGAUUAUAGAUUUUACAUGAAACACAGAAUGGUGAAAGGUUUUCAAGUAGGGGAUCUACUAUUCCAGCCAUAUGAAGAUGUUCUUGGGCUAGGGCAUUCUAUGGGCAUCUCCUCUAUUCUUGUUCCAGGAUCUGGUGAGCCGAAUUUCGAUACAUUUGUUGCAAACCCAUUUGAAACUACUCGGCAACAGAGGGAGAGGGAGGUGCAUCAACUGCUGGACAAACUGCAACCAGAAAUGAUUAUGUUGAACCCAACAAAAAUAGGUUCUGUCAAAAGAAAAAGAAAAGGGAGCGAUAAUGGCUUCAAUAAGCAGGAACUGGAAGCUGAAAUGGCUGAAGCUGUUGCCGAUGCUAAGAGCAUACGAAGGAGCAAGAAAACCAAGGGAAGAAGUAAACCAAGCAAAGUAGAGAAGAAGAAAAAAGAAGCAAUUAGCGAAGCGAAGCGACCUUUCUUGGAGAAGCAAAUUGAGGAGGAGCGUUCCAAGAAACAGAAGAUUGAGAAAAAGCAAAUGGAUUUGCCGGUGGCACUUCAAAGAUUUGUACGUAAAUGAGAUGCAGCCAAGUUGGAGUUUGAUCUUGAUUCUUAAACCGAGUUCCCUCUGCAGGGGAAGCUAAAUUCUGAGUUCAACCUCCUUUUCUUGUGGAGGUAAACGUGACCUUGCAUGGGGAGGUCAAGUCCAGGCACUGCUUCUCUGGCAACCUAGUCAAACAUGUGCUUGGUGUUCCCGGCAUGAAGGCUCACAUUUUUUGGCUCGAGAUAAAAAUUCUCACGAAUUUUUCUUUUGUUCUUAAAUUUUAUUAUUUUCUUCUCUUGAAUGUUGUACCCAUAGAUCUUGCGAGUCUAGAGUUUAUGGUUCAGAGAAAGUUGGCCUUUAAGCCAAGAGCUUGUUCUGUUUUUCAAGCAUAUUAUUAAUGCAUGAAGUUAAUUUCUCAAA